CUUGAAUCUUCCACACAUUUGUCAAAGGAUGCUAUAGAAGGGAAUCAUCAUCUGUUCCAUGCAACCCAGCCUGGCGCAUCAAUGAUUUGAAUUAUUUUCAUUAUUCUUACCGAAAUCAAAGACCAUCAAGCCGACCAACAGUGUUUGCGGGACGUGCCAAAAGUGUCUCAAUAUGCCUAAAGCAACAUCUUCUCGCACCGCCGCUGCCCGCCGGCACAAUCCUCUUGCUGAGGAUAUGCUGACACCGGCCGGCCAUUUGAGGACACAAGCAAGCAAAAAGACUAAUCGCAGAUCCCGUCAAGAUGAGGAGCAGGAAGAUGGCGAGCGCUAUAUCGACGCAAAGAUGUCUCGCAAAAUCUUGCAGAUCGGGCAGGAAUUGGCCGAGGAGGAUGCAGCAGAACAAAAGUCCUUAAGGGGCGCAACAACAGAUAAGAUCAACACUGCCUUUGACUUUGAAUCUCGUUUGGAAGACAACGGGUUUUUGUCAGAUGAUGAGAAGUUUCAAGACGAGCAAUGGGACGAUGUGGAGGAAUUGGAAGAAGUGGAGGUUGACCCUACCGACCUUGAUAUGUUUCACAAGUUCGUCCCGGCGGGUGACGAAGAUCCGAUCUUCAACCCCCGUGUGCCGGGCGCUGAUCGCCAGACUACAAAUCUGGCUGAUUUGAUUCUCGAGAAGAUUGCAGAACAUGAGGCUAGACAAUCUGGCGAAGGUGGAGCGUAUAUUCAAGGUGGAGGGCUACCGGAAGAUGCUGUCCAGAUUCCCGCGAAGGCGGUUGAGGUUUAUGAGAAAGUUGGUAUGAUACUCUCUCGCUACAAGUCUGGACCCCUUCCGAAACCUUUUAAAAUCCUCCCAUCUGUUCCCAACUGGCCUACUCUCCUCUCGAUCACGCGUCCCGAAUCCUGGUCUGCAAACGCUGUCUAUGCCGGUACAAGAAUCUUUAUCUCCUCCAAGCCUGCAGUCGCACAGGAAUUCAUAUCAACGGUACUACUUGAUCGUGUUCGGGAGGAGAUUCAUGAGACCAAGAAGCUCAACGUCCAUACCUACAAUGCCAUGAAAAAGGCACUGUACAAGCCCGCUUGCUUUUUCAAAGGACUGCUCUUUCCCCUUGUUUCUAGCGGAACAUGUACUCUUCGCGAGGCUCACAUUGUUUCCUCCGUCAUUGCUCGUGUGUCGAUUCCAGUUCUGCAUUCGGCUGCGGCUUUGCUUCGUAUGUGUGAUCUGGCUGCCGAACAAUCCCUGCGAUCAUUGGAGAGCACUGGUGCAGUCAAUGUCUUCAUUCGCAUCUUUCUGGAGAAGAAGUACGCGCUUCCUUACAAGGUUAUCGAUGCGCUUGUUUUUCACUUCCUGCGUUUCCGCACAAACGACAAUGCGGACGAGUCAAUGAUGACAGACGGGCCAUCCCGCGAGGCUAAAGCCUAUAAGCUUCCUGUCUUAUGGCAUCAGUCAUUGCUCGUGUUUGCCCAGCGCUAUCGCAACGAUAUCACUGAAGAUCAGCGAGAGGCUCUUCUGGAUCUGCUACUGGUACAAGGUCACAAAGAUAUCGGCCCCGAGGUUAGGCGCGAAUUGCUAGCCGGUAGAGGAAGAGGAGUUGUGCUACCUGAUCCUGAACGGCAGGGUGCAGUCGAUGCCGGAGAUGAUACGAUGGAUGUCACAUUAUAGUCACAUAUCCGCAAACUGAUGUAUCGGGAACGGCUCAGACCCCAAGCCCUUGCAUUUAGUUGUUAUAUGAACAAGGUCGUGAUGGGUACAGGCGUUAUCUGGGGAAUUUUAUUUUGCACAUAUCUCAUUGUUCUUCCUUUUCUAGGUCUCUUUGACACCUUACUUCCAGAGGUAUAUUAUAGCGGAUGUUCACAAAAUGAUAUCCAUUAUUCGUCGAGGU